AUGGGCAAUUCGUCGUCGCACAGUAAGCACAGCAGCAGGCGUCAUCAGCGCGACGACCGCGGCGGCGGUUCGUCGUAUUACGGCCGCCGUCCGUCGUCGUCGACAUCUUCCGGCGCCCCCGGUACGUACGCCCCGGCACUCGCGGUGACCCGACCUCGUGUACGGUGUAACGCCGGUGGACCGGGUAACCGUUUCGCUUCUUUUUUUUUUUAUCUUAUAACACAUUAUGAUCUAUACCUAUUGUACAACAGGCGGCGCACCGUCCGCUCCGGGAAAACCGUAUCUGGUGGUCGCGUCCCCGGCCGACGAACCGGACGUGAUAACGGUCAAGUGGAAAUCGCCGUCCAACGACGGCGGGUCCAGGAUCACAGGUAGGCGACGGCCGGCCGUAAUAAUUAUCGUUAUUGUUUCGCGGUCGUUCGAACACGCGACCGGCUAACAAUUAGCGCCGCGAAAACCGCGCGGGCGUCUCGGGGAACGCGGCUAAACAGCCGGUUGCGUGCGCGCGGCACCGGCGCGAUCGUCGACAGACUGUCGUCAACGCGGCGCGAUUGGUUAUUGGUUGGACGGCGGCGCGCCCACAAUGCCCGAGCGCAGAAACGGGUAUUUUUUGUACGGGAAAGUUCGUUCACACGAAACCGUUGUUGGUCUCCGGGUGCCAGAAAAAAAAAAAAAAACAAACGUUUUAAAGCGUCUGGAGUUUCUAUUAAUACGGUGGAGUGCAGGAACACCGGGAACCCGGGCGUUACGCGUUUCGAAUAUUAUUCACCGCUGAGCGGCGGCACCGAACGGGACCCGCACGUUUAACCGUACGGGUUCACUUAUCUGUCGUUAUCAUAGUAACGGCAAUAGCGCAAUAUACCAUGCGCAUAGAGCUGAUUAGAACCGUUAAAACUGUAACGAAAUGUCAUCACGAACAAGCUAAGAGUGUACCUAUACCCAAGAAACGUCCGACACUUCGUUCGUGCAUAGACCGCAGGACGUAUAUAAACCUACAUUUUAUAUUUAAACACGCAUGAAUGUAAAACAGUACCGCGCGCGCUUGUUUUCAAUCGUCUAGCGAAAGCGCACGGUAUUAUUUAUAUUAGAUGCGUUCCAACGUCCACCGUGCUUCGAAUCAGCAUACCGUAUAUCUUAAACGAUGCGAAGUUUUCCGGUAGUUCUUCAUUUGAAAAAAAGGAAAACAGAUUCCCACCGGUUUUCUACAAAAGUUUUAAAAACCUGGCGAGUCCCCGAGAGGGACGGCGGGGGUGAUCGUCCCGCCCCCUCCUCCGAGAUAAGUGUACUUGCAUUGGCAUUUGGCACAGUAAUUCGACCAGAAGUAGAUAUAAUAGAUACAAUCAAUAUAUUAUUCGACGUAAUUUUUUAGAUUCUGAGUAUAUACAUAUUAUGGCACAUAAUAUAUUGUUGAAAAAAUCAAUAAUAUUAACCGACCUACGCUCAGAAUCGUUUUUCGUUAUCAAUGGUUAAUUUUUGCUUACAGACAUACAUUGAAUUUCCCCCUAUAUCCUACCUUCCCAACUUCCCCAAUUUCUCAUUUACUACAGUGAUCCAUUCUUUGUGCGAAGUAUGUCCGUCUUUUUUUUAUAGUCAAGGUCUGGAGACGACCCUGUUAACUGAUAGCGAAUGUCAAUCUGUUUUAUUUUCGUCGAUUUCUGGGUUACGUACAAGUGGCGAUACAAGGGAAAACCACAAGACUAAUAUUAUAAUACUCGGCUCAGAAUUGUUUAUUGACUGCAAUUUAAUUUAAUUUGACGCAUAUUGACAGUUCGUUAUAUAUUUAAAAUAUUGCGUUUUAAUAAUGUUUUUGUGAAAUUUCAAACGUAUUUAUUAUACGCUCAUUUUUGUGGGAAUUUGAAGUGAAUUCCGAGUGGUUUUUUCGGAAAUGGAGGGGGGGGGCUUUUAUCUCAACUGCGUCAAACAUAUACGACAUCAAUUCGCGAGCAAAUACCAAUAACGAGUGAAAAUAUGAGGCAUCUCAAAAUCAGAGGCUAUGUAGGUAACUAUAGUGUUGCUCAACUGUUCGGGGUGUAAAAUGGCAAAGACUACUGUGAUGCGUAUUUUAUUUUGGGCGUUGCACGCAGUUCUCGAACCCGAUACGCUUUAGAGAUUAUGUUAUAGUGGACGUCUUUUAAGCGCGGCGAGAGGUAUGGGAACCGAGUCCCCUCGUAUGCGUCCCGCCGCUUUAAUCCCGUCUAAUGCUUAUACCUAAACCGGGCUUUGCAGUUUUCCUGUUAAUAACGUACACCUUAUAAUACGCUACUUUCCAGGGUAUGUCGUCGAGCACCGUCGAACUAUUUCGCCGCACUGGGUCAGAGCGACGCCGGGCACGGUCCAACAAAAUCAUCUGACUUUGAGCGGUCUCGAGCCGGGAUGGCGUUAUCAGUUCCGUGUAAAAGCCGCGAACGCUUCCGGACAUUCGCCGCCCAGCAUCGUUUCGGAUCCGGUCUCGAUAACCGUACACAGGACGGCCGUUGUGGCGCCGGUUUUCGUGCGCGGGAUCGAAGAUCGCGUCGCCUUGGAAAACGAACAAGUUAGUAUACAUAAAAAUAUCAUGUUUAUUAUGAUUUAUAAUAACUGUCGCGAAUGAAAACUUGAUGUGUUAUAAUAUUGCACGUUUCUCGCAUGAAAGCGCAUAUCGACAAUCCGAUCCGAUACAGAGUCGUUUUGAAAGUACUUACAUAGUGUCACCGCUAAACAUUUUGCUUAUUUCGCGGUUUUUUCGGUAGUUGUGCGUACGUAUUUAUGCCGUAUGUGCGCAUAUUAUUGGCCAUCUUGUUCAUAACAGUGAAACAUGUUUGUUUAUUUUGUUUAUGAACAAGAAAAACCGAAAAUUAACGAAUUUAUUCCUUAAAAUGUUCUGGAAAAAAAAAACAAAACAAAACAGGUAAAAAUGUAUCCGUUCUCGUGAUACUGUCGACGAAAAAAAUGAAAUCGAAUCGUAAAGUUAAUUUCGUGGUAAAUUGAAAUCUAGUUUCAUAAUUUAUCUAUUAUUUUGUUUGAAAACAUUUAGGUUUUAAAGUGUUUCAGUAAACUGAAUUUAUAAAAAACGAAAAAUAUUUUUGUCUCGAAAUUACUACAUUUAAGUGGUACGCGAUGUUUUUAUCAUACUAAACGGUUUUUUUAUUUGCAUUUAUUUAUCAUCAUCGUCGUCAUCAUAUGGUUUCAUAGCUCUGCAAGAUUUUUAACCGCCACUGUUCACCAACAGUGCUCCCCAACUUCCACAGUUCUGGAUUAUUUCCUUUUAGUAUCUUCCAGUCUCUUAAAGUCUUGUUGUAUGCCAUCCAUCCAUCGUUUGUUUUGCCGCCCCAAUAGCCUCUUUCUUUCUAGUUGCCAUUCAGUAGUAACUCUUCCUUAAUUUGUUAUUUCUCUUCGUCUUACGUGUCCAAACCACUUUAGUCUCUGUCCCUUUACAUAACUUGUUAUUACUGGUUAGGUUUUUGUCAUAUUUUUUAUCCCCACGUUCUUUCUUCUUCGCCAGCAGUUCAACAUUGUAUCAUAUACAGGUCCGCAUACCGUUCUUAGCAUUUUGUUCUCGAAGGUUACAAUAUUAAAUAUCCUAAUAUAUCUGGCACCAUCCGUAACGCGCGUGAAUUUAAUUUAUUGAAUUAAAAUACAUUUAAUUAUUAUACUAUAUGACGUAUUAUUAUCAUAUUUUAAUGUUUGUUUAGGUGAAAUUCGAAGUGGAAUUCGAGGGGACGCCAACACCGAAAAUCAGUUGGUACAAAGACGGUUUUGAAUUAUUCAGCAAUCGACGACAGAGGGUAAACACCGAUAACGGCGUCAGUACUUUGUACAUCCAUCAAGCCGAGUAUUCCGACGAAGGCGAAAUAAAGUGCUCGGCUACGAACAAGGCCGGUCACGCGAUUACGAAGGCCAGAUUGAGACUUGAAGGCAUGGCCCGACAAUUGAUUUUAUUUUAUUUAUUAGAAAAUACCUAAAUUCAUAUUAUAUUUUCGGUGUGAUUUUUAGCGCCCCCGAUGGUUCGUUUACCGCAAGAUUACGAAGAAGGUUUGCUUUUAGAACAAAACGAACCGAUGCGAUUAAAAGUUUCCGUGUCCGGUCGGCCGUUACCGCAAGUCACUUGGCUGCACGACGGCGAAGAAAUACGAGGAGGCGAUAGGUGACACUAAUUAUGCUGCAUAAACAAAUAUCUGUGAAAUUUUCCUGCGAAUUGGCGGAAAUUGUUGGGGGCUUGAGGGGGUCUAAGUCAGUUACUAAUUACUAAUUAAUAAUGUGAGGGGGACUAAUUACACGCAUACAAUUUAAUAUGCUGUGGCACGAAUUUCACACGAAUUUUACACGAAUUGAUAUACCAAACACUCGGCAAAAAUAUUUUUAAUUUGUAUAAAUAGCUUUUAUUUCAUUACAGAACGAACCAACUUUUCGGUUUUUUUUUUAUAAUAUACCUAAAUAUACACCGAAAUAAUGGUACGAGUAGUAAGCGAGAUUUUCUUCUUCUCCUUCGCCUUGAUAUCAACUAUUUGGGGUCGUCCACUCUCGUCCAAAAUUUUCACAUGACCCGAUCUCCCACCUCGAAAUUCCGAAAUAAGAAAAUUCGCAAGUCUUGUCUAGAAUGCGUCAUACUUUUUGACAGAAUUGUUGACCGGUUGUCGACCUGGUUCUAUCCCUUUUGUCACCUGAUACGACAGAUAGAGGCAGGUAGAGGUAUUGUGGGAGUACUCUGAUCGGAUGGUUGGGAACUGGGCCACAUUUUAUCUGCCUGUUCCGUAACCAAUGUUCGUUUACAUUUUAUUACUCGGGUAUUGAACUACAAAUGAAAUAUAGAUUUUUAAUGGGUACCGGAGAUUGGGCCGCACAUGUAUAACACACAAAUAUAUAGUUUCAAAUGUAUUUUAACAUUCUUUUCUUUUUAAUUAAUAUAUAAAAUACUAGCUGUCCCGCGGCCGUCGUUGCCCGUGCUAAUUUUUUAUUUUUUUUUUUUUAUCUUUAUUACUGUUUUGUUUUGUCCGUAUUAGUAUAUUGAACUAAAAAAAAAAAUAGGCGGAAAUCGGGUACUGAGUAGUCCGUGGACUAAAAGUGUUCUUAUGUACAUCUUUUCAUUUGUGUUACUAUAGAUACCCGCACAACAAAGAAAUUAAACUAUAUAUCCACUAAAAUAACCCUAAAAUUAUGAGAACAUAAUAGUACUGUAGUGUUGUUGCUGUACCAAAAAGUACAAAAAUCCAGGGAUGACGUUUUACGUGUUUUCAUUUUUCACUUACCCACCUUUUAUAGCGCAUAGUUUUUUUUUUUUUUUUUUCAUUUAUGUUACGAAGGUAGCUCAUCCUAUUUCAAGCCAAUAAUAAACCGGCAGACAGUCAGAUAGAUUCUUUAUUUCAAUUUUUUACUGUUGUUACGACAUUCUUAUUUCUGUUUAUUAUUUAUUUUUAGUUUUAAAUUGUUUUGUCAUUUCAUCCGUAUUACUUUAGUAAUCCAUAAUUCAAUAAAAACAAUUUAAUUUCCGUACCGAAAAUACCUGAAAACCUUUCAUCUCCUUCAAUUUUUUUUUUCGCGACAAUAAGUAGCCUGUGUUUUUCUCCAAGAACACAUUUAUCUCUAUACCAAAAUUCAUCUAAAUCCAUUUAGUAGUUUUUGCGCGAAAGAGUAAAAAACAUCCAUAUAUCUUCACAAACUUUCACAUUUAUAAUAUUAUUAUUAUUAGUAGAACAAUAUAAAAGUAGUCAAAUAACUAUUAAUUUUUUUCUCAUAAACUAUGAUAAUUACAUAAAAUAAGUCAUAAAUAAUAUAUAAAUCAUUUUUUUUUCUUAAAUAAUGUGAUACAUCAUACAUAUUUCCCAAUUUCAAAUCUGGUGUUUUUCCCUUUUUAUUUUUUAAUUUCUUACGAAUAUAAAUUUUUAAAAUUUUAAAAUUUUCUCGCUUUUAUUAUACCUAUACACUUCUUAUUGUAAUAUAACCGAUAAUCAUUGUUGAAAUCCCUGAUAAUUUGUCCCCAUUAUAUUUAUAAUACCAUAAGACUGAAAUCACCCAUCUGAACUUUCUACCGGUAGGAGUUCGGGGCCCCGGGUUCGCUAAACCCCGCUAAUGCCCCUCUGAGGUUACGGGUAAUAAACGAGAUGUAUAUUUCAAAUUCCAGAUUCGAAGUCAUUCAUACAGAUAAAUAUGCCGCCUUAAAAUUGGCGUCCAUUAAAAGAUCGGACCGGGGAUGCUAUCAAAUUCAAGCUGUCAACCCGUUAGGUGAACACACCGCUUCGUUUUUAGUCACCGUCACGGGUAUAUAUUAAACACGUUUAAUAACAACGAGAUAAUUAUUAUUGUACACCCGAUAGCAAUAAUAUAUUGUUAAUAAUGUAGAGUAGUCGGUCGAGUAUUCGACUUUAUCCGACAAGUAUUUGUUAGUACGCAUACUCGUAAACUCGAGUACUCGACUGUUUUAUUUAAACAUUUAAAGGUAAAUUGUUAUUUUAAAAUACAGACAUUUUCAAUAAGAUUAUAUUAUGUAUAAUUCAAUUGUUAUACUUGAGUAUUACGAUAGUGAUAUUUACGUUUCAUUUAGAGUUGGUUUAUUAGUCGACUCGAAUUUUUUAUUUUUUUUUUUUUCCGGAACUCGUUAAAACGACAAAUCGACUUGACUCGAUUUCAAAAAACCGAUUCUCGCCCAACUCUGGUUUAUAAUUCAUUAAUAUUAUUACCAUUAUAUUUGUUUAUUACUUUUAGAUAGACCUUCACCGCCGGGUAAAGUUCAUGUAUCCAAAACGUCAGGUAAAUCUGUGACGCUGUCAUGGAAGCCGCCCGAAGACGACGGUGGAUGUAAAAUCGGAAAUUAUAUAAUUGAGUAUAAUAGAGUAAUACGAUUGUAAACGACUAUCUAGCUAAACGUGUCGUAUUAAUUACACGUAUUAUUGUUCCGAUUCUUAGGUCGGUUGGGAUAUGUGGCUGAAAGCAUCGACUAGUCGACUCCUCACGGCGGAUCUCGACGAUUUACUUGAGGGAUCGGAAUAUAGAUUUAGGGUGAAAGCGGAAAAUCCUUACGGCAUUAGUGUACCGAGCGAAAUGUCUGAUUUGAUAUUUUUUCCGGACAUCAAACGAGGGUACGUUGAGGUUUAAAAUAUUGAUGUAGUAGAAUGAUUAUAAAUUUAUGACUUAAGUUUUAAUGGUUCAUUAUUUGCGUGUUUGUGAAUUCAUAGUAUAUACAAGCCAGUUAUAACGACAUCUCUCUUAUCCGAAGACGAAGAAGGGUUGGUAAAAGUUCAAGAAACCGGAAUGUUUGAGUACUUUGGACGAAAAUCAAAGUCUCCCGAGCCGCCUUUAAAAUCGCGGAAACUAAGCGUGGACGAGGUUUCUCCUCCGGUACCAAAAAGACGGAAAAAAAAGCCAAAGGCUGAUUUAAACAGUUCGGAGUCAGAUAUUUAUAAAUCGCUGAGUUCGUUUGACGUAUCUGAAACGCGGCAACAGCCAAUCGAACAAAAAGACCACUGGGGUUUACCUCCCAGGCUGAAGGCGAAUAACGCGAACCUUAAAGAUUUGCCGAACUCUCAAAAAGCCACGUCAUUGGAUUAUAAAACACAAGGUAUCUACGUUUUGUGUGACGUAUUAUAAACUUGUAUUUUGUUUAUGUUUUUUUUUCUUUUCAGGAAAUUCAACCGAUUCUUUAUUGUUACUGAAUUUUGAACGAGGACCAGCUCCACCUAUUUCGUUAUCGUCACCUGAACUAGGUGUCGAGUCUGAAGCUUUCGAAGAACACAUUAGAAAUUCGUACAGCUCGAGUGAACUACUUUACGAACGAAAUUUAAGUAGAUUCAAUGGAUAUUCAAACGAUGACAAAUUGUCUUCCGAAGCUCAGAAAAUAGCGAUUUACGCAAUGGAUAGAAAAGACAGUCUAAGGCGAUCGCCUAUAACUAGAAUAUCAAACGAGGGCUCGGAAGACAAAUCAAUCUUAAGUGAUUCGGAUUCGAUUCAAAGUGUUGUUGAAAUUUCCAAAAAAACGAGUAGUUAUGUAUCGUUAGCAAAAAGUAUUGAAGAAAAAAUGGAAGACGAGUUUAAAGAAACAAUAAACGACGAUAGUGAUAUUAUGGUACCGUCUACUUCGUUUUCUGGUUUAGAGUUGCAAACCUCGAAGGCACAUUCUGACGGAGAAGAGUAUGUGUCCGACAAUAGUUCUGACGAAGAAUUUAUGAAAUUUGGAAGCGGGAAGCGUGCCCUGGAGCACAACACUUCGAGCGCUUUUUUUUCGACGGUGUACUACGAUGACGAUUAUCUGUCGGACCAGAAACUGUCCGACAGAGAGCGUUCGAUAUCACCUGCAGCGAACGUGGCACCAGAAAAGUCUGAUGCGAUAUCGCAAGACUCGUUAAAUAAUUCCGAUUCUGUCAGCAGUGAUGGCGAUUAUUCACGAUCGGAUAAAGAUAACAACGAUUCACGAUCGGAUAAAGAUAACGACGAUUCACGAUCGGAUAAAGAUAACGACAAUUCACAAUCGGAUAAAGAUAACGACGGAGACGACGCAGAAAAGUCUUCGGAAAGUCCUUCUAAUAGCGGACAAACCGUCGAAAAUCAACGUGCCCACAAUCCCGAUGAAAUAUGUACGGUCGAGUCCGAUGACAUUUAUCGGCCGCGAGACGGAAUACCCAAGUACGUCAUGUUGCCGAAUCCGUUUUACAGAAACCACACGGCCGCGACCGCGGACGGUUCGUCGGGUCCCGGCGGAACCGUGCCGCCCGAAAUACCCAAACGGGAAGAGAACAACGGCGGCGGUCACAUGUCGAUUCCCGUGAUUACGGUCACCGAAAUGACGGAAGAACGGUACGGCCCCAACACUCCUAUACUGAAACAGAUUUUCGUACCGACCUUUGCGGGCCAAAACGAAUCGUAUUACGACAAAUACAACAACGUCAAUUCGAGUACGUUCAACACGUUAUCGAAACGGUCUCCGGAACGGGACGCGGACCGCGAACCGGUCGAUGACGGCGGCGACCGCGGUCACGGGGACUUCGACCCGCAAAGUCCUCCGGAAACGCCGUCGCCGCCCGACGCGCAAGAAAACGCCGAAAUGAUCGCGGUGAAACGUUACGGGGACAUAGUGGAACGGUAUAGCGGCGUGGCCAAAAAGACCGCCUCCAAGACGUACUUGGAUUUCGAACAGUUGAAAAUGGCGGCGGCCGUGGAACACGACCAACCGGUCGUCGACGCCGCGGCCGACGGAUAUUACGAGAGCGGAACGGAAGACGGGGACUACGACGACCGGGACGGGGACGGGGACGAGUACGGGGACGGUAAUUCCGCGGCUGACGAACCGGAAACGGGGUCGCAGAAUGACGAUUCGGCGACUCCCGACCACAGGCAGCUGGCGACCGGCCCGGCGGUUACCGAGCCGAACGCGAUACCGUACUUGAAGAUAUUCGGCAAUCUGUCGCUGGCGCUGUUGGGCUUUUGGCUGUACGCGUUCAAAGACGAACGGCUGUCGGUACCGAUAUUCGGAUUUUUGUCGUUUCGAUUUUUCAAAACGCAGAUUUGGGAUAGGAUUUGA